AUGCCCCAGCUGGACCUGCGGCUGCCCCGGCUCCUGCCAGGCAUCCUCCUUCAGCUUCUGCCAGUGCUGGGCCAGGGGGCACCGCGCCGCAUUUGCCAAUUUCACUUCCGGUCGCGACGAGUCGUCCAUAUAGGGGAUGAGGCGCUCAGGUCGGAGGAAGAGUUCAUGGGCUCCGCGAAGCAGCUGCCGACCAGGACUCCAGCAGGACCGACCUGCCGCGUGUUGGAGCCGCAGGCAGCUUCCGUUUCACCAGUGUGUCUGUGGUUUCAGGGAUUGGUGACGUUCAGGGACGUGGCCGUCCGCUUCUCUCAGGAGGAAUGGGAGUGCCUCAGUCCUGUGCAGAGGGACUUGUACUGGGAUGUGAUGCUGGAGAACUACAGCAACGUGGUCUCACUGGCAGGAAGUUCCAUUUCUAAGCCAGAUGUGAUAACCUUAUUGGAGCAAGAGAAAGGACCUUGGAUGGUUGUGAGAAAAGAAACAAGCGGAUGGUACCCAGAUAUGCAGUCAAAUUAUGGAGCUGAGAAGUUAUCUACAAAAAAUGAUAUUUAUGAAAUAAAUUUGCCCAAACAGGGUAUAAAGGAAAUAAGUAAAACUCUUGGCUUCAAGGCCUCCAGUUUUAGAAAUGAUUCAAAACAUAGAAGUAGAUUUGAGGGACUACAGGGACAUCAAGAGGGAUAUAUCAGUCAAAAGAUAAUCAACUAUGAAAAAAUGCCUAUUUAUAGUCAUCAUACUUCUUUUAUUCACAAUACAGGUAAACCAUAUGAAUGUGAGGAGUGUGGGAAGUACUUUAGUCGUGGUUCAAAUCUUAUUCAGCAUCAGAAUAUUCAUACUGGAAAGAAACCCUAUGAAUGUAAGGAAUGUGGGAAGGCCUUUUGACUUCAUAUACAACUUACUCGACAUCAGAAAUUUCACACUGGUGAGAAACCCUUUAAAUGUAAGGAAUGUGGGAAAGGUUUUAGUUUUCCCACCCUACUUAAUCGCCAUAAGAACAUUCACACAGGUGAGAAACCAUUUGAAUGUAAAGAAUGUGGGAAAUCCUUUAAUCAUAGCUCAAACCUUGUUCAACAUCAGAGUAUUCAUGCAGGUGCAAAACUAUAUGAAUGUAAGGAAUGUGGGAAAACCUUUAAUCAUGGUUCAAAUCUUGUUCAGCAUCAGAAGAUUCAUUCUAGUGAGAAACCCUUUGUAUGUAAAGAAUGUGGGAAAGGCUUUAAAUAUCCUUACCAACUUAUUGAACAUGGCUAAGUUCACACUGGCAAGAAACCCUUUGAAUGUAAAGAUUGUGGGAAGGCCUUUAGUCUUCUGAUACAUCUUGCUGGACAUCAGAACAUUCAUACUGGUAAGAAGCCAUUUGAAUGUAAGGCAUGUGGGAAGGCCUUCAAUCGUGGCUCGAAUCUUGUACAACAUCAGAGUAUUCAUACUGGUGAGAAACCUUAUGAAUGUAAGGAGUGUGGAAAGCCUUUUAGACUUCACCUACAGCUUUCUCGGCAUCAGAAAACUCAUACUACUGAGAAACCCUUUGAAUGUAAGGAAUGUGGAACAGCCUUCAGCCAUCAGCACGAACUUAUUGAGCAUCAGCGAAUUCAUACUGGUGUGAAGCCCUAUGAAUGUAAGGAAUGUGGGAAAUUCUUUCGUCGUGGUUCACAUCUUACUCAACAUCAGAGUAUUCAUACUGGAGAGAAACCCUAUGAAUGUAAGGAAUGUGGGAAGGCCUUUAGACUUCGUAUACAACUUACUCGACAUCAGAAAUUUCAUACUGGUGAGAAACCCUUUAAAUGUAAGGAAUGUGGGAAAGGUUUUAGUUUUCCCACCCUACUUAAUCGCCAUAAGAACAUUCACACAGGUGUGAAACCCUUUGAAUGUAAGGAAUGUGGGAAAUUCUUUCAUCGUGGUUCAAACUUUGUUCACCAUCAGAGUAUUCAUACUGGAAAGAAAUCCUUUGAAUGUAAGGAAUGUGGGAAAUUCUUUCGUCAUGGUUCAAACCUUGUUCAAUAUCAGAGUAUUCAUACUGAAAAACCCUUUGAAUGUAAGGAAUGUGGGAAGGCCUUUAGACUUCAUAUACAACUUACUCGACAUCAAAUAUUUCAUACUGGUGAGAAACCCUUUGAAUCUAAGGAAUGUGGAAAAGCCUUUAGUCUUCCUACCCAGCUUAAUCGCCAUGAGAACCUUCAUACAGGUGAGAAGCCAUUUGAAUGUAAAGAAUGUAAGAAGUCCUUUAAUCGUGCCUCAAACUUUGUUCAACAUCAGAGUAUUCAUGCUGGUGUGAAACCAUAUGAAUGUAAGGAAUGUGGGAAAGCUUUUAGACUUCACCUACAACUUUCUCAACAUCAGAAAACUCAUACUGGUGAGAAACCCUUUGAAUGUAAGGAAUGUGGGACAGCCUUCAGACAUCAGUACCGACUUAUUGACCAGCAGCAAAUUCAUAGUGGUGUGAAGCCCUAUGAAUGUAAGGAAUGUGGAAGGGGCUUUAGUCGUGGUACAGACCUUAAAGUAUAUCAGAGAAUACACACUGGUGAGAAACUCUUUGAAUGUAAGGAAUGUGGGAAGGCCAUUCAACAUGAUUACCAAUUUCUUGGACAUUACAGAAUUCAUACUGGUGAGAACCUCAAUGAAUGUAAGGAAUGUGGGGCGUGCUUUACUCAUGGUAGAGACCUUACAGUACCUCAGAGAAUUCAUACGGAUGAGAAACCAUAUCAAUGUAAGGAAGGUGGGAAGGCCUUUAGUCAUAGCUCAAACCUUAUUGAACAUGUUAAAAUUCAUACUGGUGAGAAACCCUAUGAAUGUAAGGAAUGUGAGAAGGCCUUUAGCAAUAAUUAUGAACUUAAUGUGCAUCAGAGAAUUCAUACUGGUUAGAAACCUUAGGAAUGUAAGGAAUGUGGGAAAACUUUUACACUUAGUUCAGUCUUUACUGUGUAUCAGAGAAUUUAUAUGGGUUUGAAACCCUGUGAAUGUAAAGAACGUGGAAGGACCUUUAGUUGUAGCUCAGACUUUGUUCAACAUGAGAGAAUUCAUACUGGUGAGAAACCUUAUGAAUGUGAGGAAUGUGGGAAGACCUUUAGACUUAGUUCAGUUCUUUCUGCACAUCAGAAAAUUCAUACUGGUCUGAAACCCUAUGAAUGUAAAGAAUGUGGGAAAGCCUUUACCAUGAAUGGUCAGCUUACUCGACAUCAGAAAAUUGAUAAUCAUCAGAAGUCCUAUGAAUAUAAGGAAUGUGGGCAAACCUUCACUGGGUAUGAACAAUUGACUCCACAUCAGAGAAUUCAUACUGGUGAGAAAUCUUAUGAAUAUAAAAGAAUGUGGGAAGACCUUUCAUCAUGGUCUGAGAUUUGCUACAGCACAGUAUUGAUACUGGUGAGAAACUGUUUGAGUAUAAGUAAUGUGGAAAGAUUUGUAGUCUACUACAGUAAACACCUUAGAAUUCAGAGAAGACUUCUGAUGAGAAAGUCUUUGAGUGUAAGGAAUAUAGGGUAGCCUUCAUGUUCACAAUUUACUAACCAUAAAAGACAUUUUACUAGAUAUGUUAAUUCAUAAACUUACAAAAACCUUCACACCCAAACUAGAGAAAAACUGUUAUUGGAACAAAUGUAAGAAAACAUCUACCUGAGGCACAUUCUUUAUCAUCAUUGCCAUUUCGCUACCUGUGUGACAUCAGGCUAGAUGCUUAUCCUCUUUUUGCAUCAUUUGUAAAUGGCAGCAGUAGGGAGUACCUACCUAGUAGUGCAAUUAUGGGAAUAAAUGUAUUAUGGUACAUAUAAAAUCCUUGAAAGAGUAUUUGGCACAUGCCUGUGCUUGUAAAGAAUAGCUUUUACAUUGUUGUUUCAUUAGCAUUACUGUUAUUGAUGUGAGAGGAAAAUUGUAUUGUGAGUAAUUUAGAAAAGCCUCAUCCAUUCAUUUUUAAAUUUUAAAUAACUUAUUCUGGAUAAAAUCUAGUGGAAUGUAAAGAAUGAGAGGAUUUUCAUUAAGAGCUCAUUCCUUAAGUUACAUCAAAAAGUUAAUGCUGGAAAGAAACCCUAUGGAUUUAAUGAGUGUGGAGAUGUUGAAAAUAUAGCUGUUGAAGAAUCAGAGAGUUUUUGAAGUGAUUUGUCUAUAAAAAUUUCAAUAGGCAGAAAAUGUAUAAUUUAUGUUCUCUGUCCAGAAGUUAAGAUAAAUUAGAUAUUAACAAAAGAAUGGCAAAAUUAAAACUAUCCACCUAUAUAUUAUCCAACAGUUUAUCAUGAAAAUUGUUACACAUAUGGAAAAGUUGAAAGAAUAGUUAAAUAAACACCCCCAUAUCCCUGCCUAGAUUCAAAGUUAACUGUUUGACAUGUUUAUUUUUCUGUAUAUUUUUUGUUAUAUCAUUGGGAAUAUGUUUUAGAUAUCAUGAUACUUUAUCCCUUAUUACAUCAGUAUGUGUUUCCCAAAUAUAAAGACAAAUCUCAUAUGUAGCCAUAGUACCAUAAUUACCCUUAAGGAAAAUACCUUGUAUUCUGAUUUCUUCAUUGGCCUCUAAAAUUGUUUUUACAGCUGUUUAUUUUCUAAGGAGAAUGCAUUCUAGAUUCUGCAUUGUAUUUGGUUGUUAGCUCUAUUUAGUCUCUUUUAGUCU